UCAUAGAGAACGAGGGUCGCUACUAUGAGUGUGACCUCUUGCCCUUCAUGGAGGUCGGCACAGUGUCCCACAAAUACUACCUGGUGAACAUCAGGCUGCCGGUGAACGAGCGCAAAAAGGUGAACGUGGGAAUCGGCGAGAUCAAAGACAUCCGCUUGGUGGUGAGAAAACGAUCCGUUGUGUUUGUGCUACAUUUCCAUAAUUUCUUUCCUAUUUUUCUCCUACAUUCUCUCCACAUUUCCAUCUAACGUCCGUCUCUGAGCUUCUGAGAUUGAAUGUACACCAUGAAGACCUUCCUCACUCCCAGCAUCCUCAUCAUCAUAAUCUGGUACUGGAGGAGGAUUACCAUGAUGACGAGACCGCCCGUCCUGCUGGAGAAAGUGAUAUUUGCACUAGGGAUCUCCAUGACCUUCAUCAACAUCCCAGUGGAGUGGUUUUCCAUCGGAUUCGACUGGACGUGGAUGUUGCUGUUCGGAGAUAUCCGUCAGGGAAUCUUCUACGCCAUGCUCCUCUCCUUCUGGAUCAUCUUCUGUGGAGAACAUCUCAUGGUGAGGGGGACCUUGACUGUUUUUUGUGUAGAUACUCGUCCACCACCUCUAAUGGACUGUUACUGACAUGUUUUUUUUUGCUUUUUACACGUUUUAUUAUGAUUUGGCCAAAAGUUUGCCUUGACAGAGUUUAUUCCAGAUGGCAUUCAUCAUCGUGGCUGGAAUCUGUGCCUGCCUCUACUUCCUCUUCCUGUGCUUCAUGGUGUUCCAGGUGUUCAGAAACAUCAGCGGGAAACGAACGUCUCUGCCGGCGAUGACCAAAGCUCGGCGUCUGCAUUACGAGGUGCUUCACGUUACACGUGAAGUGAACAAACUUUCACUUCAGAUCAGGAACACAAGCCGAAAUCGACAGCUGGAGCAAAAAAACAUGAUAAAACUCUUCACGUUUUUCCAUAUAAAAUCUAAUUAGCUUAAAUUUAGUGUGGCUAAUGUAAAGAACAAAUCCAAAAUGGCUUCCUUAUUGGUCAUGAAGUGAAGAACCAGUUCUAUAUCCUGGAAGAAAUCUGACCAGUGAUGUCACAUGACACUAAAAUCUCACCAGUAUCACGGGUUUUUCUGAAUCUGAAGCUGAUGAUUUAAUGUUAACAUUUUACACAGUAUUUGUUUACAUUUGUAAACAUUUUUAUUUAUUUAUUUAUCUUUGCCGUUUACUAGAAUAAUCCCCUC